AUCGGGUUCAACAACCUCAAAACUGCCUUCCGCAUCAAGCGCAUAGUGCACUUACGAUGUUGUUCGGGCCACAGCAUGGUGAUGCUGCGUCGCCUAGCACUGCCUUCCGCGUAGAACAGAAGAAGAGAGACCAGUUUGUCGAUGGGAAUGGUGGCGCAACCGUAGGACGGAAGCGCCGGUCCAAGAACAACAGCUCGACAUCCCCAACCACCGGCAUGCCCUUUGACAGUAAUAACACCAUCAAGUUGGCGAGCCGGGCGAAAGACCAGCAACCCCAACGCCGAGUGCCAGGUGGAAAUGGCGUCACCAUUGCGGAGGAGUCCACCAUGUACCUGAGCGUGUGGAACGCGCUUCAGUUCAAAGUCGUCGAAUCGUCGUCCACCAAUGCAUCGUCCGUGACGCACCCGUACCUCCACGCGUCGCGCAUGAAGAUGCCGAUCUGUGUGACGGGCAUCGAUGGGUUCCUCGGUGCAUGGAUUGUGACGGAGCUGCUCCAACGCGGCUACAAAGUUCGCGGGACGGUGCAGAGUCGAAACGACGACGUGAGUCGGCUCGUCGACUUGCCCCGUGCGUCGACGCAGUUGAUGGUCGUGGAAACGUCGCUGUUGACACCGGAAUCGUGCGAUCUUGCGGUGGAAGGAUGCGAAUAUGUGAUCCACACGGGCACGCCGUCGUCGUGCGCGGUGCGGGACCCCCUGUCCGAAGCCAAGGAGCCUGGCGUGCACCCAGUGAGCAGCCGCAUGCACUGCAUCGUCCCUGUCAUGACCAACUUUAUCAAGGCGUGCGUUCGAGCGCGCAUCAAAAAGAUCGUGCUGUCGUCGUCGGUGGCGGCGCUGAGCGACCACGUGGACGCGAGUGACGUGGUGAACGAUCUGUGCUGGAACAUGGUGUCUUCGAUGGAGCGCAAUCCGCACUUUUUGGGGCUCAAGCUAGCUGAAGAGAAGGCGUGGCAGCUCGUGGAGCAAGAGCCCAAGCUCAACAUGGUCACGAUCUGUUCUGGCGCGUUGAUGGGGCCGUCCGUGUGCACCCCCCGCACUAUUCCCAGCGGCAACCAAAUCGUAUACGACUUGAUCACUGGCCACUACAAUGCUAUUGUGGAUUUGAAUUGGGCUUUGACAGACGUCCGUGACUGCGCGCUGGCCCACGUGUUGGCGCUGGAGCACCCAGACGCCCGAGGCCGAUACAUUUGUGUGAAUCGAACCGUGUGGCUGCGGGAGAUUGUCGACAUGUUGCGCUCGAACGGGUACUCUGGGCGGGCGCUGCCGUUCCAAGUGGGGCUGCCCAACUGGGUCGCGAGGCUGUCGUCGUUUGCGCUGCAGUUAGGUCAAGUAGGCGUGUCGCUGUACGGGGACGACGCUGACGCCACGAAGCCGUCUCCGUACUUGAGCGACCGCCUCGUGGACGUGCUGGGGCUGUCGUUCCGCGACGUGAAGACCACCGUCGUCGACAGCGCCGGCGACUUGCUCCAGUGGAAGUUUAUCAAGCCAUGGGGGGAGGACCGCGAGGCCACGAUGUGUGCGUGCUGCGACGCGCCAUUCAACUUUUUGCGUCGGCGGCACCACUGCCGGGAAUGCGGGGUCGUCGUGUGCGGCGACUGCUCCCAGUCGAGGGCGGUGGUCCAGGGCCUCGAACAUCCCGCGCGGCUGUGCGACGCAUGUGUCCAGAGCUCGAUCCCGGCCCUGCUGGAGCUCAUGCAUGCCCCCAUGACGUGCCACAAGGCGAUCAAAGCGCUCGAAUCGCUCAUGGUGAACCCAUCCAACCACGAGCUGAUCACGCGGUGCAGCGGCGUGCCCAUCCUUCUCAAGGCUCUGCACGAACAAGACGACGAGAUUUCGUUUCAUGCGGCUGGGACGCUCCUGGCGCUGAGCGAGGACACGGCCAGCGCGCUGCAAAUGGUGCUGGAGGGGGCGGUGCUGCACAUGCUCGAGAUGGACCAAACGACGGACACGUGGCGGGUGUGCUUGUCGGCGCUGCGAAACAUUUGGAAGCAACUGAACCGCGACGACUUUCGCCAGAUGCUGCACUCGGUGUCCCGCGUGUCUGCGGACGCUGCCGACGGUAAUCACGCUUUGUAUAUAUAUAUAUAUAUAUAUAUAUAUAUAGGUGGUUUGAUAUGUAGGCCCGCUCAAGGCCAACAUUUUGAUUACGUUUGUGCACAUGAUGGAGCCGCGGGAAGUGACGAGUCUGCUCAAGGAAGGGCUUCUGGACGUGCUAUUUGUCAUGCUCAAGAGCGCCCAUGCGUUCGACCGAUGCGCCGCCGCUCACGCCGUCCUCCGCGUGAUCCCCGUCGACUACGACCCCCCGACCGAGAUCCAAGUGCCGCCGUACACGGUGGACGACCACGAGGAGCUGCUGACGCUGUCGACGCUGUCGGACAUCCAGUUCCUCGUCAAGGGGCACAUUGCCCCCAUCAACGCGCACAAGAUUGUGCUGUUUGUGCGCAACGCGUACUUUAAGAACAUGGUAUUGCAUCUCGAUAUUUAUUUGCCAGUGAUUGAACGCUGAGCAUUCGAUAUAUAUAUAUAUAUUACCAUUCCUAUAUAUAUUUCUAACAACUUGUUUGGUAGUUUGGGUCGUCAGCGUCGGCCACCCCCACGAAGCGCGUGAUUGAGAUCGACAAUUGCACGUAUAACGUGUUUUCCAUGAUCUUGCGCUUUCUCUACACUGGUAAACUCGUGAUUGACGACGUGUCGGCCCAAGAUUUGCUGCGGGCAGCCGCGUUCUACCAAGUGGUGGAGCUGCGGGUGCGCAUUGAAAAGUUUUUAGCCGACCGCAUCGCCGUCUGCAACGUGGUGGAGCUGCUCUGCCUCUCGAACGAGUGCAACGCUGACGGCCUCCGUCGGGCAUGCCUGCCGUUCCUCAUGCUCAACAUCCACGCCGUGGUCAAGCUGCCGUCGUUCGCGGCGCAUCGCGAAUGGGCCGGCCAGGAGAUUCUGCUGGCGCUGGCCCUCGAGCUCGGGGACGACUGGUACGCCGCGUACCAGACGAUGGUUACCCACCCGCGCCACCAACCUGCGAUGGCGUCCAGUCUGCAGAACCUGACGAGUCAUUCGUCGUCGAGCCACCACCACCACCACCCGCCGCUGUCGUUUUCUAGCUACCCUCCGCCGUCUUCGUCGUUGCUGCCGCGUCAGACGGUGGUGUCGCCCCUGCCGUCGAGACGGUUGAUACCGCCGCCGUCGCCGCUGGGGAAAGCAAGCCAACGGGGCCGGUUGUUGUCGGAAGAGAGUUUGGCCGAGGGCAUUUGCUGAUCUUUUUAAAUUUUUAAUCCUACGUAGUACACGUUUUCACACA